AUGGGAGCCAAGGAUCUGAAGAGCCGCUUAGGGCUCCUGCUUCAUAAGCCAGAGCUAGGACACAGGAUUGGGACCUCCAGCAAGCUGCAGCUGAGCUCCAAGCAGAGAGACUCCUCACGAGAGGUACUCGAAUGGAGGGAGUCCUUCGACCAGCUCCUGAAGAGUAAGAGUGGGGUGAUGGCCUUCCACACCUUCUUGAAGACGGAGUUCAGUGAGGAGAACCUUGACUUCUGGCUGGCAUGCGAGGACUUCAAGAAGACCCGGUCAAAAACCAAGCUGGCCUCCAAAGCCAACAGGAUCUUUGAGGAGUUCGUCCAAAGCGAGGCACCCAGGGAGGUGAACAUCGACCAUGAAACCAGGGAGAUCACCAGGAAGAACCUCUCGGGUGCCACCUCCACUUGCUUCAACGAAGCCCAAGCCAAGACACGCACCUUGAUGGAGAAGGACUCCUACCCCCGGUUCCUCAAGUCCGCCUCCUACCAGGACAUGACCAAGCAGGCCGCUAGCCGUGGCAUCAGUAAGCGAUCGCAUACCUGA